CGAACCCGCUCCGUUGUCUGCCAUCAGGGAUGCACUUCAGCAUUCGUGGUCCAAACGGCCAGCAAACCAAGGCUUCAUGGCAGCUGAGCAUCAGCAAGGCAUCUCCGAUCCCGGAUUUGUCGACGCUUUCCAAAUAUACCGUCAAUCAGGAUCCCGAGCCGCUUCGACCACCAGUGCUGAGAGUGGUGUGACUGCUUCCUCUAUACAAUCAGCUCGCUCUGGCAGGUCAAGUGGCAGCCACGAAUCCUCUCGGAACAAGACCAACGAUCGUGUUAGAAAGACAAAGCCUCGUGGGAAGAAAGACAAAUCAGCCACAAAAGAUAGUCCUCGAUUAUUCUGCUGCACAUUUUGUUGCGAUCGAUUCAAGAGCAAGUAUGAUUGGAUGCGACACGAGAAGUCUCUUCACUUAAAUCUCGAAACCUGGGUAUGCACGCCAUUUGGUGGUGCAGUGGUGCUGCCAUCAACAGGCCGAGUACACUGUGCCUAUUGUAGCAUAUUGGAUCCCACGGCUGAGCAUCUCACACAACACAAUCAUGGGGCUUGUGACGGUCAACAACGCAAGUUUCGACGCAAAGACCACCUGGUUCAACAUCUCCGCCUUGUUCAUCGCAUCGAUACGCUUCCGAUCAUCAGUGACUGGAAAGUGGAAGCCACCAGCUUCACUUCUCGUUGUGGCUUCUGCACUCGCCAGAUGACGACGUGGUCUCAAAGAUGCGACCAUUUAGCAUUGCAUUUUCGCAAUGGCUCGACAAUGGCCGACUGGCAAGGAGAUCAUGGAUUUCCCGAAUCGAUUGCAGCCCAAAUUACCCAUGCCGUGCCUCCCUAUUUGAUUGACCUCGAGUCACGCACCAUGGUUCCCUUCUCCGCUACUAAUAGUCAUGCUAAGGAUCAUUUCUCUCAGAUGUUGUCCCGGGCUGCUUUUCAGAGUGAUACCAAUGUUGGCGGUGGUGAUCACCAGGAAAGGUCAGAGUUACCUGAUUUAUUAGAUCACCUCCAGGUGCAGGACAAUGGGUUUAAUUCGUACACGCAAGUUCUGACUCGUCACUUGAGCCACUAUGCAGAGGAGCAGACACGCCUCGGUAUUGUUCCUACUGAUGAAAUGUUCCAACGGGAAGCACGGCGUCUUAUGUUUGAUUCUGAGGAUCCCUGGAAUCAGACCAUUGCAGACCAUCCCCAAUGGCUGGCUGCAUUUCGAGAAGAACAGGGCUCCUCCACGGCCUGACCAGUUCGUGUUCGCAUCCUCCUCAUUUGAAUCGUUCCUGAUGCAACAGACGCUGAACUGUA